AUGCCGGCGUUUUAUGGAGGAAAGCUCACGACCUUCGAGGACGAUGAGAAGGAGAGCGAGUAUGGUUACGUCCGCAAGGUCUCAGGGCCUGUUGUUGUUGCCGAUGGUAUGGCCGGAGCUGCUAUGUAUGAGUUAGUGCGUGUUGGGCAUGAUAACUUGAUUGGAGAGAUCAUCCGUCUUGAAGGAGAUUCUGCUACGAUCCAAGUUUACGAGGAAACAGCUGGUUUGACGGUUAAUGAUCCCGUUCUUCGAACGCACAAGCCUCUUUCCGUGGAGCUUGGACCAGGAAUAUUGGGAAAUAUCUUCGAUGGAAUUCAGAGGCCUUUGAAGACUAUUGCGAGAAUAUCUGGUGAUGUGUACAUCCCUCGUGGUGUGUCUGUUCCAGCUCUUGACAAAGAUUGUCAGUGGGAGUUCAAGCCGAAUAAAUUCGUCGAGGGAGACACAAUCACUGGUGGUGACUUGUAUGCUACCGUCUUUGAGAACACUCUGAUGACUCACCAUGUUGGCCUUCCUCCUGAUGCCAUGGGAAAGAUCACUUACAUUGCUCCAGCUGGUCAAUAUUCCCUUAAGGAUACAGUGCUAGAACUUGAAUUCCAGGGUGUUAAGAAAUCGUACACCAUGCUUCAGAGCUGGCCUGUACGUACGCCUAGGCCAGUUGCAUCAAAACUUGCUGCCGAUACUCCUCUACUGACGGGGCAGCGUGUCCUUGAUGCCCUUUUCCCCUCGGUUCUUGGAGGAACCUGUGCCAUUCCUGGUGCUUUUGGCUGUGGAAAAACUGUUAUCAGUCAGGCACUUUCCAAGUACUCCAACUCCGAUGCUGUCGUUUACGUUGGUUGUGGAGAGCGAGGAAAUGAAAUGGCCGAGGUGCUCAUGGACUUCCCACAAUUGACAAUGACGUUGCCUGAUGGUCGUGAGGAAUCUGUCAUGAAACGUACUACACUGGUUGCCAAUACCUCUAACAUGCCUGUGGCUGCUCGUGAAGCCUCAAUUUACACAGGAAUCACUAUCGCUGAAUACUUCAGAGAUAUGGGCUACAAUGUUAGUAUGAUGGCAGACUCAACUUCCCGUUGGGCAGAAGCACUGAGAGAAAUUUCAGGACGGCUGGCUGAAAUGCCUGCCGACAGUGGAUAUCCUGCCUAUCUUGCAGCACGUCUAGCAUCUUUCUACGAACGUGCUGGUAAAGUAAAAUGUCUUGGUGGACCAGAACGUGAUGGAAGUGUCACAAUUGUUGGUGCUGUUUCACCUCCUGGUGGAGACUUUUCAGAUCCUGUUACUUCUGCAACCCUUAGUAUUGUGCAGGUCUUCUGGGGUUUGGACAAAAAGCUUGCCCAGAGAAAACAUUUUCCUUCAGUCAAUUGGUUGAUUUCCUACUCAAAGUAUUCAACGGCACUGGAAUCUUUCUAUGACAAGUUUGAUCCCGACUUUAUCAACAUCAGGACAAAGGCCAGAGAGGUGUUGCAGAGGGAAGACGAUCUUAAUGAAAUUGUCCAGCUUGUGGGAAAAGAUGCGCUAGCAGAAGGUGACAAAAUCACCUUGGAAACAGCUAAGCUAUUGAGGGAAGACUACCUAGCUCAAAAUGCCUUCACAGCAUAUGACAAAUUCUGCCCCUUCUACAAGUCUGUGUGGAUGAUGCGUAACAUUAUUCAUUUCUACAACCUAGCCAAUCAGGCCGUUGAGAGAGCAGCUGGAAUGGACGGUCAAAAGAUUACUUACACUCUCAUCAAGCAUCGUUUGGGAGAUCUUUUCUACCGUUUAGUGUCUCAGAAGUUCGAAGACCCAGCUGAAGGUGAGGAUACACUCGUGGAAAAAUUCAAGAAACUGUACGAUGAUCUCACUGCUGGAUUCCGUGCCUUGGAAGAUGAAUCUCGGUAA